AUGACGGACCUUAGCUAUCUGUCUUGUCCAAAUCCUGCUCAAAACCAGUAUAAGUCAAUUGCUGACAUGCUGCGGGAGAGGAGAGAGGAGAAUCCUGAAAGAGAAAUAAUCAUUCAGCGGUUUGUAGGGGGUGGUCGGAGGACGUUGACAUAUGACGAACUGUGGAACAGGUCUAGCUACAUAGCUAAAUACCUUAUAACUAAAGGCAUUCGACCAGGAGAUACUGUGGCCAUCAUUGGUCCGAACUCUGUGGAGUGGGUUAUUGGUGAAGUCGCUAUCAUCCUGACAGGAGCUGUUGCUGUCAAUUUGUACAAAACAGAUGAGUCGUUCGCUGAAACUUUAAAAGUGUUGAAGUCAACAAAAAGCAACGCUCUGUUGCUUGACCCCGACUCGGACGAAAAAUACAUGUCGGAUAUGGAAGCGUUCUUCGGCAGUAACGAAUCUCCGAAUGAUAAACCAACUGUUCUUUUACUAAGAAAAUCAACACUAUCUGCUCUCCCAUCAUUGGCUGAUGUCAAUCUUUCAGCUGACGAGGAGGAAAUGGUCUCACUUCCGAGAAUACAACCAGAGAGUAGCGCUUUCAUAUCAGUCACUUCCGGUUCAACCGGAGUUCCUAAAAUGGUCGAAAUGACUCAUUUGUCAUUAGUCAAUGCUCCCUAUCUCUACCUUUUAAGAAUAACAAAUGACCGUCCAGUUACUACUAGCUACAACGACCGACCAUUCUCUUGGAUUGCGGGCUCUGUCUUUCUCAAUAUCCUUACUGGUGUCAGUCGGGUAUUUGUUGACACCGCCAUGAGCAUGCAGAAGGAGAACAUACUGACUAUUUGGGACAUCAUCAAAGACGAACAAUGUGCAAAUGCCUUUCUUCUACCUUACGCGUUGCUGGACAUUCUGGAAAACAUUGAUGCCAUUCUCAAACGAGAAUAUAAACUGGAGGCCAUUUUUACGGGUGGACAACACAUCAGCAGUCAUCUCACAGAAAUAUGCGGUAAAUGUACAGAGAAAAUGUUCAUGGGCUACGGUUCUACAGAAAUGGGAGCGCCGUCGUUGAUUGAAAUUACUCCGAAAAUGGAUGAAGGGUAUGUCGGGCCUCUACUUCCGGGUUACGAGGUCAAAGUCAUCGGUGACACAGAUGAAACACUACAUCGUGGAUAUUUGGGAAACAUCCUUAUAAGAUCUCAGUCGAUUUUCAAGUCCUACCGAAGUGAUCCAGAGUUGAACUCAGAAGCUUUUGCUGACGGGGGCUGGUUUCGAACUGGUGAUGUUGGAAUUAUCUCCGCGGAAGGCAAGUUAUUUCUGAAAGGAAAAUCAAACGAUGUCAUUAAGCGAGGGGGUUUAAAGGUUUUGUCCAGCGUAGUGGAAUCAGCGAUGUCCACACUGCCCGAGAUAAGAGAGGUUGUUGUUAUUGGCGUACCGGACACUCGGCUCUUUGAGGAAGUUUGCGCCUGUUACAUACUAAAGGAUGGUGUAAACACAACAAAUGUUGAUCUGGACAAGAAAUGUCGCGUCAUCCUCGGAAAUCAUGUAUUAGGAAAAACACCUUCGUACUUUCUCAGGUUUAACUCUUUUCCGAGACUUAAAAAUGGAAAGACAGACAAGAUCGUUUUAAAAAGAAGAGCAGUAGAAAGACUUAAUCUCAUUUAA